GGCUAGGUGACGGUAUACGGAAGAGUCCGGUGCUGUGUGCAUGCACGGGUUGAAAGUCUCAAAGCCGAAACAUGGAGCAGAAUAACGACGGGAGCUUGUCCCAGGUCCGGCAUGUUGUGUUGGUCCUGUCCGGGAAAGGAGGUGUGGGCAAGAGCACCAUCACCACAGAGUUAGCGCUGGCUCUCAGGCAUGCCGGCAAGAAGGUUGGCAUCCUGGAUGUAGAUUUGUGUGGGCCCAGUAUCCCCCGCAUGCUGUGCGUCGGCCGGCCUGAUGUGCACCAGUGUGAUUCAGGAUGGGUGCCCGUCUACACCGAUGCCCAGAAGAGCCUGGCCCUGAUGUCCAUCGGCUUCCUGCUAGAGGAUCCAGAUGAAGCAGUGGUGUGGAGGGGGCCCAAGAAAAACGCUAUGAUUGGCCAGUUUGUGUCAGAUGUAGCAUGGGGGGAGCUCGAUGUCCUGCUGGUGGACACACCGCCGGGGACGUCCGAUGAACAUUUGUCAGUACUGGAGAAUCUCAAAAAACACAGAGUGGAUGGUGCCAUUUUGGUCACUACACCUCAGGCAGUGUCAACAGGGGACGUGAGGAGAGAGAUCACCUUCUGUAAGAAGACAGGAGUACGGAUCCUGGGCAUCGUAGAGAACAUGAGCGGCUUCGUUUGUCCACACUGCUCGGAGUGCAGCAAUAUAUUCUCAAAAGGUGGUGGUGAAGAGUUAGCCAAGCUGACUGGAUCAAUGUUCCUAGGCUCUGUGCCCUUGGAUCCUCUGCUCAGCAAGAGUAUAGAAGAAGGCAGAGACUUCACAGAGUCAUUUCCCGACAGUGCCACCUUCAGUGCCAUCAGCAGUAUAUGUCAGACUCUGCUGAACAGCCUCGAAACUGCUUAAGUCAUGAAUUUAUUUACUCAAAAAUUUGGAGUGCAUUGACAUUUUAUCCCAUAGACUGUGAAAAGUCCAGAAUAAUGCAGAGGUAAUCAUUUCUAUGCUGCAUUGUUGUCCUGUACAGUUAAACCUAUCAAACUAUGUCCAGAUUAUUUUGUUUACAUCUUAUUAAAAAUGAAAAAUAUGUAUUUGCCAGCAGUACAUAGCAGGCUUUGUUUGUAGUUGACGUCAAGAGCUGCAGUCGCAGUUUGAGGGUAUAACCACAAUGUGAAUCAGCAGCUCUCUCCGCAGAGUGCAACAGGAAGAGAUGCAGUGCAGGAACGGCAACUCAGCGGAUCUGUUUUACAGCAAAUUCAGAGAGAUUGUUUUGUAAUAAAAAAUAAAAAGUAAAGUCACGCUGCCUGUGAAACACUUAAUGUGUCAGGGUAAAAUAAACACUGAAAACACUAACGUUGCGUGUGUUUGGAAGAGAGUCAAAUCUAAGUUGGAAUCUUCUUUAAUUCGAUUGUGACACACACGUCGACACAUCAGGAGAACGUCAAUACCAGUGGUAAUACAGGAUUGUAAGAUUGGCGCUUCGGUAAAUGCGUCAGCAGCAGUUCCAUUUUCAGAAAACAAACUCCAGAUCAAAUCAGACUGGUCUUUGCAUAAAACUAGGUCAAACCUGAACACUUAUCUCACUGCUGCACACUACAAACAAUGCAAUCAAGUCUUAUUGUAUCUUUUUUUUGGAGGGUAUGGGGGGUGAUGGCUAUACAGCAUUAAACUAGCCAUCUGAUCUGGAUUCAAUCUUCUGAAACUAGCCUGCUCUUCAGCUUCAUAUCCAACAGCAACAAGACACUGGAACCCAUGCAGGAUUUUAAUGGCUGGAAUGUGGAAGGGAUGCGGUACAGCCAAAGAUGAGGAGGGAAGUAUGUAUGGAGGGUGGGUGAAGAAGAUGGAGAGGAGAUGAGAUUUUGGAAAUUACACUUGUGAGACCCGUCACGGGGCACACACACCUUUAAUGCAAACAGCA